CGCUUAGACUUAACAAUAAUCAGACUGAAUUUGGAGAGAGAAAGAGAAUCAAUUGGUCCAAUGGAGAAGGCAGUCCAUUUGUCGACGAAAGCUGGACCGGAGGUUCCAGGAGAGCCAACUAAGACUGGAACCUCCAUGGUUGACACCGCCGCAGCAGCCGUACAAAGCUUUGCUCCGGUUAACCAAAUCCACCAACAUCUCUGCGCGUUCCAUUUUUAUGCAUAUGACAUGACCCGACAAGUGGAGGCACACCAUUUCUGCGGUCACAUCAAUGAGGACAUGCGCCAGUGUCUUAUCUACGACGGUCCUGAUUCCGACGCUCGUCUGAUCGGUUUGGAGUACAUUGUGUCAGAGAAGCUCUUUAUGACAUUGCCUGAUGAUGAGAAAAAGCUUUGGCACACUCACGAGUGGGAAGUUAAAGGAGGCUUCUUGUUCAUGCCUGGUGUUCCCGAACCAAUUCAACGCCAAGAUCUCGAAAAAGUUGCCAAGACUUAUGGAAAAGUUUACCAUUUUUGGCAAGUUGAUUUGGGGCAUGAGCUCCCCAUUGGUUUGCCUAAUAUCAUGAUGGCCGUUACUCGUGACGGUCAGCUUUACCCCGAGAUGGUCAAAGAGACGGAGAAGCGAUUUGGAGUAUCGGUAGAGAAGGAGAGAGAGGCAAGGGCAUAUAUGAAGGGACCAGACCAUGGGAUACAUCCGUUGGCAAAUGGAGGAGGCAAAGGGCUGAAGUUGGAGGUGCGAGAGGUUGACAUCAAGCCGGUCGAGUCCGUUCCAAGAGUCUUUGUUUGAGUUGAGUUGAGCUGUAAGAGAGGAAUAGAUACAAUAAUCGAUCGAGCUUUGCUUUUGUUGUACCCCUCGAUCAUGUGUAUAACUUGUAAAAGGUAGGUACUCGAAAUAGUAAAUGGCGUCAAAUAGCUUUUACUUGUGUCUCCUUCAAAUCUUUGUUUGUAUACUUCUUGUAACGUAUAAUGUGUUCCCAUAUAAUGUGUUCCCAUAUAAUGUGUUCGUCACUUCGGAUCA